AUGCCCAACGUCGGUCGUCCCAGCAGAGACUGCCACGCCUGUCGCAGACGACGCACAAAGUGUGAUCUCACGCGCCCUGGGUGUCUGCGCUGUCACCGCCGCAGCGAGCUCUGUCCGGGAUAUCGCGAUGAGCUGGACGUACGAUUUCGCUGCGAGAAUGUCGCUACGCUCGGGUCUGGGCGGCACGUUGCCUUGGCAGCUGCUCGGGGGGUGAUUGGACACCGGCCGUUACGGGUAGUUUUCGAACCUGGCACGAAAGACGAGAAAGAGAAGAGGAGAGGGGAUCUGCCUCCAGAGCCAUCUUUGCAGAUUCCCGAGGCGCUAGCCCACUUCCUAAACUACACCUCGCUCACACUACUGCUGCUGACGCGCGAGCGCUUCAUGGACGCCUGGACGAUCGAUACGCCUUUACUAGCCACGCAGCACCGGUUCUUUCAGCUAUCAUUGUGCGCGCUGGGGAUGCUUCAUCGCGUCUCCCUGCUGGAGGACAGCACGGGCGGCGCAGCCCUGUUGAAACAGGGUGAGCGCGCCGCGGCGCGCCGCGCCCACGCCCAGGCCAAGCGUGAAUUCACCACCGCCAUUGCUUGCAUCACGCUUGAAAACGGCGCCGCGGUACAGGGCUUUGCGUUUUUCGAAAUCCUUCUCACGCUGGCGGCUCUCGCGACCGCAGCGCCUGUAGAUUCCUCAUCGACAGACCCGCUCGACGGUGUCUCCUCGCUCCUCGCCGCCAUCCGUGCGUACUGGAGCCUGCAGCCUGUAACGGCCGUCCACUUACGUACCACGGCGAUGAAAAAGUGGCUGACUGCCUGCAAUCCGGUUUCUUCUUCUUCUUCUUCUUCUUCUUCUUCUUCUUCUUCACUGCCAGAGCGGAGCAUUCUUCAGCGCAUCCGUGGCUUGUUCAUUUUGCUCAGGUGGCAGUGUUGCGAAACCAAAUACCCGCGAGACGAAGUACAGACUUGUCUCUCUGCCCUGACAGUGCUGCACGCAUUUUAUACGGGUGUCGCGCUGCGUCCUCUAACCUGGGACGUCAUCCUGACCUGGCCAGCCAUCGUCGCGCAGCCCUUUGUAGCCCUCGUGCAGCGGCGCCAGCCCCUUGCGCUCCUCGUCCUCGCUCACUGGUGGGUGCCUGUAUGUCGCGGCUCGGACCAAUGGCUCCUCCACGGACUAGACCGCCGGUUUCUUGACUGCGUCGCACCGCUGGUCGGACGGGAGUGGUCCUUUGCCUUGGACGGAUUGCUAGAGGGGAACGCCGGGUUUGCGAUGGUCUCCUACGAUACAAACCUGUCGCUUUUACCGGCACAGGCAAAGAUUCCGUUGUAUUGUCGGAAUCCAGCAAUCGGCCAUGGAUGA